GGCGAAAUAGUUUCGUUGCAACGACACUGAAGUAAACUUUAAUUUUAUGUAAAUCGACAAAAAAUUAAUUACAUUAAAAAAAUAACAUUACUAUGCCCGUACCCACAUGUUCAGGGGGCUCGUGCACAGUUUCGAGACCAAAAAAAUCCACAACAACUAAGUCUAAACCAAAAUCGACAACCACAAGCGCCAAGAAGACUACCACUAAAAAGACUACGGCCAAGAAAUCGACAACCAAACCUAAGACCACCACAACAAAGGCCAAAUCAGCAGCUAGUAAGACGAAGAAAUCGACAACAACGACAAGGAAGUCAACAACUGGAGCAAAGUCGAAAACAGCAGCGCGGAAAAAGACAACGACACGCCGACGGGACGACAGUUAUUAUAGCUGUAGUUCCGGUGAUUGUUACUAAUAUUGACGAGCGAAACAUCGAGCUGCUGCGAAAAAUACUUUUAAUGAUACUGGUUUAGAUGGAAGAUGG